AUGAGGAGCACAUCCUCCAAAAUUUGCAUUCUCGUGCACACGUUAACCAUGCCGAUGAUGCUUUCUUUCAUGUUAGCAUCCCGGUGUCCUACUGAUCAUGUUCAACAAUGUCAUAAUGGUUGGGAUUAUUUCGCUUGCAACAACGGACUUGUAGUUGAGAUAGACAUCGGUUACUGUGACGAAAGUGACCUGAAAAAGGUAAUGUUUUCCUCAUUUUCGAGUGUUGAGAGGCUGUAUGUUUCAGAUAGUAAUCUUAAAGGAAACAUCCUAGACCAGAUUGGCUUGAUGCAAAAUCUAACCUAUGUUUCUGUUAAGCGAAAUUAUCACAUAGGUACCUUGCAUGUAUCCUUUACCAAUCUCACCCGAUUAGAAUACCUUGACCUUUCAGAUAACAAUCUCAGGGGAAACCUCCCAUCUCAGUUGUGGAGUCUCAAGAACUUGAAGUUCUUGGAUCUUAGCUACAAUCAGUUGACCGGUCCAAUCCUUCAAUCUUUUGAUUACAUGGUCAAUCUAGCCCAAUUAGAGCACCUUGACCUUUCUGGUAACAGUUUCAUUGGUACCCUGCCAUCUCAGUUGGGGAGUCUAAAAAAUUUAGAAUUUCUGGAUCUUAGCAGAAAUCGGUUAACCAGUCAAAUCCCUCCAUCUUUUGGUUCCAUGAUCAAUCUCAAAUUCCUAGACUUGAGCAUAAAUCAACUAAGAGGGCCAAUUCCACAGGAACUUUGUAAUCUGCAAAUGCUAGAAACAUUGAACCUUAGUAUGAAUAACAUCAGUGGCCCAAUUCCUCCACAUAUAGAGUAUCUGAAGCACCUAGAACAACUCAACCUUAAUCAUAACCAUCUUUCUGGAGCGAUUCACCUUGAAUUUAGAAACUUGUCAAGACUCACUUACCUUGAUUUUUCAUCAAACCGUUUGUCUGGGAAUGUAUCCUUUCGGUAUGUCAAUAUAUUACAGUAUCUAGACCUCUCUGAUAAUUUCCUGACUGGUUACAACGGAUUAACUAAUUGCUACCAUUUAAAGUAUAUGGACCUUAGUGAUAAUAUUUUUGUUGGAGAAGCAGUUAAUUGUUCGAAUUUCUUAGGGUUGGAGUACUAUAGCCUAAAAGUUUCUGGGCAUUGUUGGGGAUAUUGUACCAAAAGUGGCUUUAUAUGCAACACCUCCAAAGAACACAAAUCCAUCCUCCUUUUGGAGAUUCUUCUUCCAAUGAUUGUUGGAUUUUGUUUCUUAGUGAUUGGUUAUGUGCUUUACCGUUAUAAAAAGGCUACCACAGAGAAAAGUCAACAAGAACUACAAAUACAUGGAGAUGUGUGCUCGAUAUUGAAUUACAAUGGGACACUUGCAUUCGAAGACUUCGUCAAGGCAACAGAGGACUUUGACCUCAAAUAUUGCAUUGGAACCGGUGGUUAUGGAAGUGUUUAUGAAGCGAAACUGCCAAACGGUAAAACGUUUGCUUUGAAGAAACUCCAUCGGUUUGAAGCCAAGCAACCAGCAUUUGACAAGAGUUUCAAGAACGAGAUCCAAGUCUUAACCAACCUAAGGCACAAAAACAUUGUGAAACUCUAUGGUUUUUGUUUGCAUAAUAAUUGCAACUUCCUUGUAUAUGAAUACAUGGAAAAAGGAAGCAUAUUUUGCGCAUUGAGUGACAACGAAUUCGCUGUCAUGUUGGAUUGGAAGACGAGGGUGAACAUUAUCAAACAGGUAGCCCAUGCUUUGUCGUACAUGCAUCAUGACUGCAGCCCAUCCAUCAUUCAUCGAGACAUAUCAAGCAACAACAUUCUCUUGAACAAAGAAAUGGAAGGAUUUGUUGCCGACUUUGGAGCAGCCAAAUUGCUCGACCCUGAUUCCUCCGACCAAACCGUUGUCGUAGGAACUUUGGGAUACAUUGCUCCAGAACUUGCAUACAACAGCAUUGUGAACGAAAAAUGUGAUGUGUAUAGCUUUGGAGUCCUUGCACUUGAAACAAUUGGAGGGAAGCAUCCUGGAGACCUCCUAACGUCUCUCAACUAUUCUAACCGGGAAGGUGCAACUUUGGAAAGUAUACUUGACAAGCGACUCCCUUAUCCAACUGAUGACAGACGGAUUGAAAUGGAAAUACUCCAUGUUUAUAAUGUUGCACUAGCAUGCAUUCGCAUGGACCCAAAGUCUCGUCCGACAAUGAGAAACGUCUCUCAGGAAUUAUCCAAGUGA